AUGGUCCUUAACAUUAGGCCCGUCGUCUCCCCCGGCAUGGCGGGCUGCUGUACCGUUCUCUCGUUCUUCGGCGUCAUCAUCCUGUCCGUGUUCGGAUACUUCUUCAGCCACCGCGCAUAUGGCCUUACCAGUUCUCACGAGGAUCCUGAGGACCCGGACUUUGUCGCCAAGCUCUGUUACACGUCCGCGAUCGUGUAUGCCGUGUUCAUGGUGUUCUGUGGCUUGCAGCUUGGCGUGCAUGCCCGCUACCCCAGAGGUGUGCAGCUGUAG